UUGUAGUAUAUCUUGAGACAUGUAUAGAACGUUUGGAAAUUGUGUGUGAAAAAAAAAGUAUAAUAGAAUAAAAUUAUUAUAGCCCUUUCCUAUUUCAACGAACUUGGACUUCAAAUCCCUGUCCGACCUCGCUGGAAUGGCAGACAACCCAAACAUGGCAAAUCGGAACAAAUCGCUGCAACUGAAGAAGUUUAAGCGCAUUGCCAGCAAAGCGCUACGCGUGGAACGUGAAAGAUGUGAGCUGGAAAUAAAGUUGAGCAACUCUAAGUCAAACAAAGUGAUUCGAGAUACACAACCGGAAAUGAAAGACCUACACUUGCUGCCGCCUGUGGCGGUAAAGCGGCCGUCGAGUAGAUUAAUGGCAAUGGGCAUGAGGCCAUGUUCACAGUCACAGCCGCCCAGUUUUCGAAAGAUGAUGAGCAUACCGCAUGGUGCUAGGAGUGAUGACCUGCCUGCCCGCAGGCUGGACAGAAAGCUAAUUGGUCGGCUUUCAGAUGAUAUUUUUCUACUUGGCCGCCGAUCGCAGGACGAUCAUCUCUAUCAUCAGCAACGCAUUCGCCGCACACAAGACGACCAGAUUUUUGCACGUCGUCCAACGGUGCAACAACACCGUUCCAAAGAUGACAAUAUAAUGCAUCGUCGCACGGCGAAGCAUUUGCAGGAGCAUGCCCACCAACAAGCUCGAGUAGCCACAGCAGCCGCGGCAGCAGCUGCUUCUACAGUGGUUGCCCAAAUCCGUAAAGAUGCCAUUGACGCCGUUGCACGUCAACAGGCUCCCUAUAUGCGCAUGGCAGCCCUUGCCAGUACCCGACCUAACUCGAGCAACCCUAAUCCUAAAGAGAGCGACCAACGCCGCCUAAUCCGCAAUUCGAAUUUACUGAGCUCGGCGCUCAGCAUUAUUCGUGAAAUGGAUCCAGCCUUUCUGGAGACACUCUGUUAUGCCAUUCAUGAUCAAGUCAGCAAGGAAGACCCACCGGAGUCUGAUUAAUUAACUUCAACGAUAUUAAGCUCCAUCCAUACAUACAUACAUAUAUCGAUAUAGUUUUUGUUGGUUUGCUUCCCUUUCGCCAAUUUAAAAAUUGAUUUGAUCAAUUUUAUGUUUUAGUUCCACAUUGCUAAACACUCAACUAAGGAAUCAAUCAAUUUUGUUUGAAGGCAAAUGAGGCGUUGCAAGGAAACUAUAAUAUGUAUAAAUGAUU